CUCUCCCCAAAAAUCAACAGUUAUAGAGAGAGAAAUCAAUGGCUCUCACCACCACCUGCUGCCUGAAGAAUCUCAAUCCCCCCACACACACGAAGAACCAGUCUGUUUCCUGGACUGGAACAAUAAACGAAGGGUCGUGGAGAAAACGGUGCGUUUUGGGGGUGGCGGCCGCGGGCGUGGCAAUGGCUCUGCAGAUGGCCGGAGAAAGUGGCGCCAUUGAAAUGGAUCCGAUAACAACCCAGAAGACUAUGAAAUGGAGCGAAGAAAGAAUGUGCCCACAGUGGAGAUUCAACUCCCUCGAGACCAUUGUGCCCGAGAAUCUUCCCAGGCCCUUCGCUCGCCGGAGAUGGGACCCCGUCCGCCUUCCUCCAACCACCGCGCCUCAACUUCGAGCUACCCCUUCAGCCACCGCUCCUACCGGUUGCUUCUCUCUGUAGUAAUCAAGUCAAACCAAACAUAAUUCGAUAGAUAAGACAUUAUUAUUACUGUUCUCAAAUGUCAUAGUUUCAUCUUAAUUUUCAAAUUAAAUCGGAGAAUCAUACAAAUCUAAUAUAGACACCCCAUAAUACAUACAAAAGUGAAUAUCUUGAACUUUUGUUUAGUUUAAUACUAUGUGAAUAGAGAUUUAAACGCUCUGAGUCGAAAAUAAAUAUUUUUACGCAGUUAAAA